AUGAAUCAAAAUUACACAUAUGAUGGAUUGUACAAGGUUGUCAAAUAUUGGGCAGAAAAAGGGGUUUCAGGUUUCUAUGUUUACAAGUUUCUUCUCAAGCGUAUGGAAGGGCAGCCUUCUUUAGUGACUGACAUAGCUAAUUUGUUGUUUUUAAUGUUAGGAUGUGCCUCUAGAUGCACCUGCAUUAAAGAAGGCAAAUAUAGGAAUUGCCAUGGACUCAGGCACAACAGUUGCAAAGUUGAUGAACGUUGUGAUAUGGGGUUGGAUGAAAAGUUGCUGGAUAAUCUCACCUCUCAGCCUUCUUUGAAGUCAAGGGGUCCAAAUACAGGUUACAAAUCUUCUACAAUUACAGACAAUGGUCUGAGCGUUUUUCUAGUAGUAUCUGAUUUUCACUUUCUGGAAUGUUUUCUGUUCCGUGAUGGAACUAUUUUCCAAAAAUACCCCAUGGAUUGGAUCCUGUCUCUACAUGUUGCUGCUGAAGGCACAACCUUGGUCAAACAGGCAGAAGAUACUGCAAGUAAUAAGAAGGCAGAAAAGAGAUUGCAGGUUGAUCCUGCUACGUGGCCAAUAAUGAUCUUUAGGUUCUACUAGAAGGAUUGGAGAUUGCAGUUAAGCUUCUAUCUAAGACUUCACGCCA